ACAGUGUCAUGGCGGCGCUUUACGACACUCAACAAAAACAUUAACGACAGUGUCAUGGCGGCACCCGGAGUCAGUUUUGAGAGUACGGGCAGCAUCGAGGAUAGAAAGGAGAGUAAACGACAGGCACGACAAGAGGCGAUAGAAAAGGCCAAGCAGCAGUAUGAGAAAAAUGAGAGAAAGAAGGAGCUCAAGAGGCAGAGAGGGGAGGACACUUGGAUGCUUCCUGAGCUCAACCAGAGGCUGCAGGAGAUGGAGGAAGAGGGCUCUAUAAAGAAGAAGAAAGAGAAGAAAUCUAAAAAGAAAAAGGAGAAAAAGAAGAAGGCCAAGAAGGAGAAGAAGACAGCAGAAGAUGGCUCUAAUGACAGCUCAGAUGACUCAGGGGAUGAUUGGGUUGAGGCUCAGGCUCAGACACAAGCUGCUAAAGCCUGGCAGCUUCCUGAUGAGUCCAAGCCUUCAGAGAGCAACCUCAGCUCAGCACAAAAUGUCCAGAGAGACGAAUGGAUGACCUUUGACUUCCUGGCAAUGAGAACGACAUCCACAGCAGAGAAGAGGGCGGAGAAAGAGCGACUGAAAGAGGAGGAGACGGCAAAGGCUCAGGCCAUUGAACAGGCUGGUUUGCACAAAUUGGAGCUAAACCCGUUCUGGAAAGAUGGAGGAACUGGUGUGCCCCCAGCGGAGAAGGCCGCUACUGUAGCAAAGAAAGGAGGCUCAGUCGUGAAUGAUGCCGGUCUGAGCUGGCUGAGGAAGAGCUACCAAAGGAUGAAUGAGCAGGCGGAGAGGCAGCAGUGCAGCCUCAACGAUAUCGUGGCCGAGAGAUACGGAUCAAUGGAAGAAUUUCAGCAAAAACUUGCAGAUGCUGAGAACGCUGUGUAUGGACACAGCAGCAGAGGAGAAGGUUACAGAACAGAGAGAGGCGGGUGGAGGAAAGGAGGGAAUGAGGCCAGAGAGAGAUGGAGUAGAAAAGAUGGAGAUGGGGAAGAGAGAGACCGCUGGAGAAGAAAUGAAAGGGAAAGAGAUUCGUCACCCACAGACAGAGAGAGAUACCAUGCUGGAAGACGAGAGGAGAGGGAGAGGGGAGGAUAUCGCGGCAGAGGGGAAGGGAGAGGUCGAGACGGAGACAGGUUUAGAGAGACGGAUAGAGACAGAGAGAGGGAUAGAGAAGGUGAUAGAGACAGAGAGAGGGAUAGAGACGGUGAUAGAGACAGAGAGAGGGAUAGAGGAAGAGACAGGAAGCGGGAGAGGGAUAGAGGAAGAGAAAUAGAUACUGAAAGAGACACAGACAGAGAGAGGGAUAGAGACGGUGAUAGAGACAGAGAGAGGGUUGCAAGAAGAGAAAGAGAUACUGAAAGAGAGAGAGAUGGGGAUAGUGAGAGAGUUAGAGAAAGAGAUGGGCAGAGCGUUUCAACAUCAUCAUCUGGGAACAACUGGAGUCAACGCUCUCCCUCUCUCGGGUCACUUAAAAGCCGCUUCCUCAAACCCUCAGAAGAUGAUGACAGUGGUGAAGCUCCAGAGCGUCGUCGUCCUCCACCGCGGUCAUCCACAGGAUUCCUGAAACCCAGCUCUGACGAUGAAGACUCUGGUCCACGUAAAACCAACAUGCCAAGCUGGACGAAGAGCAGCAAUCCUGCCCCGGAAUCUGACAGAUUUGAAAAUCUACACCAGGAGAACGAGAAGGAUCCUGGGAAAACUGUGACUGCUCCUCAAGAUGGUCUGCGCGGCGAUAAAGCCGCUGCGACGACAUCAAGGAGUGAGAGUGAAGAGGAGGAAGAGGAGCUUCCACUGCUGUCAGAGGAGGAGAUGAACAAACUGGGAGCCAAACUGGUGAAGGCAGAGAUUAUGGGCAACACGGCCAUGGUUGAGAAGCUGAAAUCACAGUUGGACGCAGCACAUAAAGCCAAAGAGAGCUACGGCGCCCGAAAGAAGCUACAAGAAAUGGCUACAUUAAAGCAGGUCACAGGCCGCUCCAGUGAAGACCAGGAAGUCCUGCUGUUUAGAACAGACCAAUCAGGUCGCGCAUGGCCAGUCAAUGGUCCCUCUGGACCCCAGGAGCCCCACGGAGGACGACAGAAGAAGAAAGCGAUCGAGACUCAUGUUGACGGGGAGCGUGUGCGCUACUUCCAGGAUGAUGACAAUGUGGCUCUGAAGGAGAUGGUGAGGAGGGAGAAGAUGAGCUCUGCACAGGAUCAGAACGCCCUUUACUCUCGCAUGGCGUCCAAGAUGAUGGGGAAGACAGACGACGACAACUACACGCUGGAUGACAUGUUUGUGUCGAGUGCAGCGCAGCGGGAGGGCGAGGGGAAGGAGGAGGAGAGGAUGAGGAGCAGAGCCAUCGGGGAGACUAGACGGCUGAAUGCCUCCAUGGAGAAAUGCCAGCAUUGCUUCAGCAGCCAAGAGCUCCAGAAGCACCUCAUCGUGGCAAUAGGGAGCAAGGUGUACCUCAGCCUGCCUGCGGGAGUGUCGAUGACAGAGGGCCACUGUCACAUCUGUCCUCUCCAGCAUCACUGCUCGGCCACUGGAUUGGAUGAAGAUGUCUGGUCAGAAAUACAGCUGUUCCGGCGUACUUUGGUGCGAAUGUUUGAGUCCCAGGAGCAGGACUGUGUGUUCAUGGAAACACACAUGAACCCACGCAAAAGACGACACAUGGUCCUAGAGUGUAUCCCAUUACCCCGAGAACUGGGCGAUAUGGCACCCAUAUAUUUUAAGAAAGCUAUCAUGGAGUGUGAUGAAGAAUGGGCCAUGAACAAGAAGGUCGUCGACCUCUCAUCGAAAGACAUCCGCCAUGCUGUUCCUCGAGGUCUGCCCUACUUUGCUGUAGACUUUGGACUCCAGGGAGGGUUUGCUCACGUCAUUGAAAAUGAACAGAAGUUCACCCAUUACUUUGGCAAGGAAGUGGUAGGAGGCAUGAUGGACUUGGAGCCGCGACGUUGGAGAAAAAUGAUUAGAGAGAACUUUGAUGACCAGAGGAAAAAAGUCCUACAGUUUGCACAGUGGUGGAAACCGUAUGACUGCACCAAGACUGAGGGCUUGCUGGAUACACUCACAUAAAGGUGUACACUCUGCCGAGUAGUGAAGAUUACACACACACACCCACACACACACACUCACACACUCACACUCACUCACUGUGGUGCAGACACUAUUGCACCUACCAAUUCAGAAUUUGAUGUAAAAUUCCUAUUAGAAGUUUUAAUGUGAGAAUUUUUUUACUAAAAUAAAAAGUACAUAAAACAACCUUGA